GUUUGUGGCUUUAAGUGCAGGGCAGUAAGUAACCUCUACUGCUGCUCUGCUCACUCCAGAAGAAGCAGGAAGAUACAGUCACGGAUGUGGGUUAGGCAACGUUGCAUGCAAGAUCUGCAAAGCUGAAGACACUAAAUCUUCAACCAUGAAUCCAGAAGAGCAAAUCAUAACGUGGCUGAUUUCUCUGGGGGCUUUAAAUUCUCCCAAAAUGAUUAUUGGCGACCCUGUGCAGUUCCUGAAAACAUCUCUGAAAGAUGGGGUCGUUCUGUGCAAACUGCUUCUCCGCCUUCUUCCAGGAUCUGUAGGAAAGUUUUGCCGGGAGCCCAGGACAGAAGCCGACUGCAUUGGCAACAUCGAGGAGUUCCUAAACGGGUGUGCUGCACUUAAAGUCGAGUUGUUUGAUGCACACGAUCUAUACACAGGAGACAAUUUCCCCCAGGUACUGAAUACCCUUGCAGCUAUAAACAAGGCUACAGAAGAUCGGAGCUCCACCCGGCCAUGCUUGCAUCUGUUGCCUCCUAGUUCCGCUGCGGGUGACGGCCAUCCCUCGACGCAAACAACGUCUCCUAAGUCGCCGAAAGCAUUUCACGGCAGUCCAAAGUAGUGGAGAUGACUGAAAAUGGCAAUCACCAGCUGUUGGUCAAGGCCCGAUUCCAGUUUAAGCAGACCAAUGAAGACGAGCUGUCAAUCAUAAGGCGACAUCAUUUACGUCACCCGGGUCGAGGAAGGAGGAUGG